AUGAGCGAGUGGUCGGAGUUCUCUUCGUGCUCGAAGGGGUGCGGUGGCGGCGACCAGAUCCGGACGCGCGCGGUGCUGCGCGCAGGGCUCCACGGCGGCGCGACCUGCGGAGCCGCCGAGGAGACCCGGGCGUGCAACGUGCAGGCGUGCCACCAGGACUGCGAGCUCGAGGACUGGACCGCCUGGACCCCGUGCUCCCGUCGGUGCAUGUGGUCCGACACCGCGGAGCCAGGCCACAUGUACCGGACGCGGCACGUGAGGAACUACGCCUCGAGCGACGGGGUCUGCCCGGGCCUGGAGGAGCGCACGGAGCACGAGCCCUGCAACGAUUGGGAGUGCGACGAGCGGAGUACCACGUCAUCGAUCAAGUGCACGGGCAGCCAGGACCUGGUGUUCGUGAUG